AUGGAGCACUUAUUUAAAAUGUACACAGCGGUCGCCAGACGUCGCCGCGGCGGCAGCGCCGCCCAAGACCCCGAGGAUGCGUCAUCAGAGCAGCAGCAGCACAGCAGCACCGAUGCAACACCGGCAGAGCUCCAGCAGCUCCCUCGCCGGCCCGAAACAUCCUACUUUGCCCGCAACCAGUUCCUCGGAAACGCUAGCAGCGACACCAUCACCAUCAAGCCGCGCAGGCUCUCCAAGCUCGAAGCCCUCACCCACGCCAUCGGCGGCGGCGGGCGCGGCCGCAGCGGCAGCCUGGCGGCCUCGUCCGGCACCGCGCCCGGCCAGCGGAGCGAGCUCCUCGACCACUUCCUCGCCCUGCCGCCCGAGCUGCAGCUCAAGGUCCUCUCGUACCUCGACUUCAGCGACAUUGAGCGUCUGCGCCGGACCUGCCGCUUCUUCCGCGCCCGCGUGAGCCCGCCGCUCGUCCGCGCGCUGCUUGCGCCCGACUUUGCGCACCACAUCCGGCACACCUGCCGCGUCUGCCUCGUGCAGCACGAGGACCCCAGGGCGCUCGUCUGCACGCCGGCCAACGACUGGCGGUAUCCGCUCUCCAGCCGCUGCGCCGACUGCGUCUGGGACGAAAAGGGCUUCGACGUCGGCAGGAAGUACCUCAUGGGCAACAACGCGAGCGUCUUCGUCUGCCGUUGGUGCGGACGCCCCGUCGCCGCGCAGCCCGCGUGGAACCAGCCCGAGUUCCACAAGGGGUGCUUCAAACGCUACACGCAGGCCGUCUUUCUGUACUAUCAGAUAGGGCUCGCGCAGUGGUUGGUGGUCUUCAUCGCAUCGGCCCUGUGCUGGCACUACUUUCGGUCGCGCCUCAUGUGGGUAGUGGGUGUGGUUGUGGCUGGGUUCGCCGUGACUCUGUGGAAUUUCUGUCUCAACUCGCUCCGUGGCACCAUCCUGCGAACCUAUCACAUUGGCCUGAUCCUGGAGGCGCUCAUCUUUGCCUCGUGGGUCGUGCCGCUCCUUGAGCUCUUUCGCAUCAACAGCCAGCAGACGCCGCCCCGCGGCAUGAACUCGUACGAAAAGGCCACGGUCGUCUUUGUCCUGUUCAACCUCGUCUCGCGCGGCAUCAACAUCAUCGGCAAUGCCAUUCUCGCGUGCGAGUACAAGCUGUGGCGCCACAAGAAACCGUGCAUGUCGCCGGCACGCAGCGCCUGGAUCCACGCCGUAGAGGUAUUCAUCUUCUAUGUCGAGCCGCAGUGCAUCGAGCAGGAAUACCCAGCGAGAUGGUGGUUUAGCCGACGCCGUCACACGCUGGACCCUGCCACGAACGAUGCCAUCGUGGCCGCUCUGGGACAUCUGCCCGCGAAUAACCCGGGUGGGAGAUACUUGGCGGUACCCAUGUGUCUGCCAUGUGUCUGGACUAGGAUGGAAGUAGUGGCGCCCGGUGAAGUAUUCAGGGGCCAGAUGCAAGUUUCUGGUAUUUGA